GCUCAGGUGACGGCUGCUCAGCUGGAUGCGCGCGGACACACAGGCAGAGCCGCUGCUAACGGUAAGAGCUGCUAACUCUCAGCUGAGACGCACACAGAGGAAACAUUUGUCCCCUUGCUACGGAAAAGCGAAGUACAGUUGCACAAUACUGGUUGGGAGGGAAAAAAACAGGUCAGCAUUAUGUUCAGCUGGGUGAACAAGGAGCAGGGUGGAAGAAACAAGGAGGGCGACAUGUUUCAAACGGUGACUGAGGGACUUCAGAGUCUCUAUACUAAAAAAUUACUGCCUUUAGAAGAAGCCUACCUUUUCCAUGACUUCCACUCCCCGGCCCUGGAAGAAGCGGAUUUCCAGAGCAAGCCCAUGGUCCUUCUGGUGGGACAGUACUCCACAGGAAAGACCACUUUCAUAAGGUAUUUGCUGGAGCAGGAUUUUCCUGGUAUGCGGAUUGGGCCUGAGCCGACAACAGAUGGCUUCAUUGCUGUAAUGUACGGGGAGAGCGAGGGAGUUGUACCUGGAAAUGCGCUGGUGGUGGACCCCAAGAAACCUUUCCGGAAACUCAAUGCCUUUGGAAACGCCUUUCUGAACAGGUUCAUCUGCUCUCAGGUCCCCAACCAAGUCCUGCAGAGCAUUAGCAUCAUUGACACACCGGGUAUAUUGUCUGGAGAAAAACAGCGUAUUAGCAGAGGCUAUGAUUUCUCUGAAGUUCUGCGAUGGUUUGGUGAGCGUGUAGAUCGCAUCAUCCUCCUCUUUGAUGCCCACAAGUUGGAUAUCUCUGACGAGUUCUCUGAGGCUAUCAAGGCCUUCCGUGGCCAGGACGACAAGAUCCGUGUGGUUCUAAACAAGGCCGACCAGGUGGACACACAACAGCUGAUGCGUGUCUAUGGGGCUCUGAUGUGGUCUCUGGGCAAAGUUAUCAACACCCCGGAGGUGGUGAGGGUGUACCUGGGCUCCUUCUGGGCCAAGCCACUGCAGAACACAGACAACCGCCGGCUCUUUGAGGCUGAAGCACAGGACCUUUUCCGGGAUAUCCAGGCCCUGCCACGCAAUGCUGCCCUGCGCAAGCUCAAUGACCUCAUCAAAAGAGCCAGACUUGCCAAGGUGCAUGCCUACAUCAUCAGCUAUCUGAAAAAGGAGAUGCCUUCUUUGUUCGGGAAAGAGAAGAAGAAGGAGGAAUUGAUUGCACACUUACCUGAGAUCUAUCAAAUGCUGCAGAGAGAGCACCACAUAUCACCUGGAGAUUUCCCCAAUGUCAACAAGAUGCAGGAGCAACUCAUGCACUACGACUUCAGCAAGUUCCCCUCCCUGAAAAUGAAGCUGAUUGAAUCAGUGGACAAGAUGCUGAGCAACAAGAUUGCACAGCUGAUGAACAUGAUCCGGGAGGAGGAAGGCAAGCAGCCAGCUCAGAUGGUGAUGGGUGGGGCUUUCGAAGGCUCUGAGGAUGGACCAUUCGGCCACGGCUAUGGCGAGGGCGUUAGUGCUGGAGCAGACACUGAGGACUGGAUUGUGAGUCGUGACAAGCCACGGUACGAUGAGAUCUUCUACACGCUGAUGCCCAUCAACGGCAAGGUUACUGGCGUCAAUGCCAAGAAGGAGAUGAUGAACUCGCGCCUGCCCAACACUGUGCUCGGAAAGAUCUGGAAGCUGGCCGACUGUGACAGAGAUGGCAUGCUGGACGAUGAGGAGUUCGCCCUGGCUCAGCACCUCAUAAAGAUCAAACUGGAGGGCUACGAGCUGCCCUCAGAGUUACCGCCCCACCUGGUGCCCCCCAGCCACAGGAAGAACCCCACUGCAGACAUCUUGUACAACCACCAGGACGACUAAGUCCCAGAUGUGACAACAGCAAAAACACAGAUAUUCAUAUAUGAACAUUAGCCAACAACUCACAUCGCAGCCUUGAUAGGAUAAUUCAACCAAGUGCUAAUGUGGAUAAAAAUAAAUAAAAUUUUCUGUUGCUAAUUAGCUUCAUUUUGCUUUCUAAUGAUAUGCCUUAUAUAGUACAUAGUUUAAUGUUAUUCUUAACAUGAGAACCACCUAACCACUUCACAAAAGAUGAUCUCAGACUUACAGGUAGAGAGCGGUCUGCUUUUGACAAUGCACACGCUACACAUACGUUUGACAUACGUUCGACAACAGGUUAAGUAAUGCCAUUUCUGAGUGAGUUGACACUGCCAAAGCUGCAGCCAAAGUAAAUCAUCCAGCAAACUAAAAAACUGUGAACCUGGGAUACAUAACAUGCGCACACUAUAUGGCCAAAAGUAGCUGGACAGCUGAUCAUUACACCCAUAUGUGGUUCUUCCCCAAACAGUUGCCACAAAGUUGGAAGCACGCAAUUGUAUAGGAUGUCUUUAUGCUGUAACAUUAAGAUUUCCUUUCACUGGAACUAAAGGGCCCAAACAUGUUCCAGCAUGAUAAUGCCCCUGUGCACAAAGUGAGGUCCAUAAAAAAUGGUUUACCAAGUUUGGAGUGGAAGAACUUGAGUGGUCUGCACAGAGCCCUGUCCUCAACCCCACUGAACAUGUCUGGGAUGAAUUGGAACACCAGCUUCAUGCCAGGCCUUCUUACUGGACAUCAGUGCCCAACCUCUUGUGCUUUUGUGGCUGAAUGGGUACAGAUCCCCACAUCCACAGUCCAAAAUCUAGUGAAAAAUCUUCUCAGAAUUCUCUUAUAUUUCUCAUAGAAUGGGAUGUUUAAUAGUCAGAUGUCAGCAUACUUUUGGCCAUAUCGUGUAUUUAAAUUGAAGUUGUCAUCACUAUUAUUCUUUUCAUCAUGAGUUUGUAUUAUGCGGGUGUACAAGUGUGAAAGGAGUGUUUUAUUGGUAGCUAGUGUGUUAUACAACCACGUCUGUAUCUGCAGAUCUAGCACACAGUCUAGGUAAUAGGAAAUAUCAUUUGAAUCCUAAUGGCAAAUCAUUGCCAAUAUUAUUUUGCAGUUUGUUCUCUGAUAGUGACACUGGCUUUAUUCAGCAAAGUUGCAUAGAAAUGAGCACAGAAAUGAGCUCAGAUUGAUCCGAUUCCUGAAGCCGUCACGUCAUCAUCAUAUCCAUAUGAGACCCCAAUUUGCCAUUUUAUAUAUAUAUCUAAUUUACAUGAAACAUCAUAAUUUAUGCUGUUGCAACAGGGAACCAAAAAAAGGUAAAUAUUCAUCAGUCUACAGUUAUCUAAGAUUUACAAAAAUAUACAGUGUUAACAGGUCCAACAUGAUGCAAUCCUUUCUAUUUACUGAAAUAGUUUUACAUAGUUGAAUAUAGAUAGUUAUUAGUUUAGUGUGUGUGUUUUUUUAUUUUAUUUUAUUUUUAUUAAGCUGUUCAAAGCCAAAAUCAGGCAGAAAAUGGAAUUGUUUUCCAGCCUCACUUAGUAGUUAUGGCUAUGUUUUAGUAUGGCUACUAACAAGUAGUUAUGGCUAUGGUUAUUAAUUUUAGAACUCAAAAAGGUCAGAUUUAACUGAAGUUAGAUUUAAACAAUGAAAGAAAUGAAUCAAACACUGAAAAUCAGGCUCCUAAAAUAAAUAUAAUUGCAUCUAGGAUGUUUUAGUGUUUAGUGAAAUUUUGCAAUAACCUCAAAAAUGUGUGAUAUCCCGGUGUCCCGUCUGCCCAACACUCUACAUCCUGGUCAGAGCUUCAUUAUCAUUCUUUUUAUUAUUACUCACUGGCUGUUAGUCUCCUCACUAUACUUCUGAUGAUACUGGUUGACUUGAUUAUUUAGCUGAUUUUUUUUCAGGUUCCUAAAAUAUUGUGUUCAGAUUUACAAGCACUCUGAGUUUGAAGCACAGAUCCAACAAAGAUGAAACUGAUGAAUGAGGAAAUUGGCACUGUAAUUUACACGCAUUCAAUUUACAAUCAGAUAAGACCAUACAUAACUUUGAGGAAUAAGGGCCAAUGUUGUAUUCCAAUUUUGUAUUAAAGGGCAUCUCACGGUUUUAAUCUGUAGGCUUACAUUUUGAAAGAGUUGGUCAUUAUACACAAUAAUGUGUAUAUAUUAACAACAAAAAAUUCUUAAUAAUUCUAAUGCUAAUAAUCAGCUGCUACUGAGACUUCAGCUCAUGCUUGUUUGUCCAGGUGAAGCGUUGUGCUGGAAAACAAAUCAAAUCACCUUUACUUUAUAUAAAAAUUUAAAAAUUAAUUUCGUUCAUCUAGAUUUCAGAAAAAGCAAACUGCUUUAGGUUACUGCAAACAAAAUGCACUAAAUGGACCUUGUUUCUUGUUGAUGUUAGCGUAUUAUGUGGCCUUUUCACUGGAGGUCAGUGUGUCACUUGCUUCAGUGUCUCCUGAGAUAUUAGUGUGAUAUUUACAGUUACAAUUAACAGGAUCAUUUUUAAAUGCUAAAUGGUUCUCAUCUUUUUUUAAUGCAAGUCUUUAUCUGUUACACAGUUUUGUUCAUGUAAUAAUUUCCUCCAGUGUUACAUCACACCAGAUGCUCAGUGAACAUUGGUAUAGAGUUACACCCGGCCUCAUUAGUAGCUCCAAAGCGUUAUUAUUCACAGUAAACCCUCAGUACAGCACUGUCUAUUUAUUCAUGAUUAGAAUAUACAAAUAUUGUAUUCUUACAGUAUUCUUCAAAUGAAUGUGUUCAACUGACUAGUUUUCUUUGCAAUCUGUGUUUAUGAAGAGAUAGGCUCUUUGAGGACACUGUACUUAAUGAAGAACAAUUUCAGUUUUAAGUAAAGAGGUUUAGAGUGUAAUGAGGGGAAAAGGUGCUUGUAAGUUGUUGCAUAAAGAAUGUGUAAUGUAUAUAACUAACCAUUAAAUGACUUGUUCAGUUGAUGCAGUUUAUUAUCACCAAAUGGCUAACUUUUUUUUGACGAUCUGCCUUUUUUCAUGAGUAUGUUGUUUUUAAUCAAUGUAAUACUGUUACCUAUGAGGCAAAAUAGUGUAAAACAGCAAUCUGAUUUCAAACUAAUUUGUGUAACUUUAUUUUGAGUAUUUCUCGACCAAUAUUCUAGAAAUACAAUAAUUAUACUCAUUUUAGUUUUUUAUUAUUUUACCCAACAACUGAAAAAGUACUCUGAUUCUUUCAUAAGUGCUUUUCAUGUUCGUUUGUACUGCAAUGACUGUAAAGAAAUAACACUUAUAUACUCCGCUUUGAAAUAAAGGAAUAUGUAGAUAUUAAAUAAUAUUUAACAA